ACAAGAACGAGUGAAGAAUAAGAACAUUAGGAUCAACGCCUGUCCUGUAGCUGUUGUAUUCUGUCCGCGCGAGGCAUGGGUACACAUCAUGGCGGACGUCGCGGAGACGGACUCGUUUGUCGUCCGGUGGGCUACAACUAUGGAUACCCAAGAAAUCCUCAGAAUGAACGAGGAACUGACCACAUUCCAUCAUGACCCUGUUUCAGCAUGUGCCGGAGCCCAGAAAGGUCUACCUGAAGAAAUUAAAAAUAACAGCUACUGGGUGCAAGUGUUAGUUGCCGAGAGACAACCUGCAACUGCUGAACGUCAGCUGGUGGGGUUUGCCCUGGUGAACCCCGGUUAUUCAUGUUAUAGUGGGAGGAGGCUGAGACUUGAGGCAAUAUAUGUAGAAGAUAAAUAUAGAGGUAGAGGCAUUGGGAAAGCAUUAAUGAAAGCUAUCGCAAAACACGCCACAGAGCAAGGCUGCAAGAAGAUUUCUUGGACUGUUAUUGGAUGGAAUGAAAAAGGGAUCUCUUUUUAUGAGGCUCUUGGUGCCACUAAAGAUAAAUGGGAGCAAUUCAGUCUAAAGGAAGAAGCAAUAGUAAGAUUAUCUCAAGAGGGAGAAUAAUGCUAGCACGUACUGGUACAGCUUUAACAAAACAGAAAUCAUUAAUCUAUAUUCAAUUAUUACAGCUAAUUUGUUUUACCAUGCCUAGCAGUUGACUAUACAAUAAAUCAAUCGUUUACCUUAUCUGCUAUAUACAAGAAGUAACUCGUUUAUUCAUUUAUCAAUAUUUUUUUUAAUUCAUUUUUUUUCUGUUAUACUUGCUUAGUAACAUGCUUUGAUGUUGCAAUUCAAAUAAAUAGACAGAGCCGU